GGUGAGAGCGAGGGGUGCUGCGCCGUACCCGUGUGAGCAGGGGGUCCCGGACACGUCUGCGUGACACUUGCUGUGCCCCAGUCUGUACCCGUUGCCCUUUGUCCUGUCCUGCACAGCGCUGCAGGACAGAGCCGCCCUCACCCACCUGACUGCUGCACCUCAGAUAAGUGCAGGCUUAUUAGUAAAGGAUGGAUUUCACAGAGGCAUAUUCUGACCGGUGUUCUGCUGUGGGACUUGCAGCAAGAGAAGGGAAUGCUAAAGUGCUGCAGAAGCUGAUUGGGCAGGGAUACAGCCUUGAUGUCCCCGACAACAGGGGCUGGAUGCCAAUACACGAGGCAGCAGCUCACAAUUCCAGCAAAUGUCUGAGGCUGCUAAUUAAUGCAGCUCCAUCUGAUAACUACAUACAUUCAAAGACGUUUGAAGGGAUGAGUGCACUGCACCUUUCUGCGCGCUGUGGGUCCUUGGAGUGUGUUGGGGUUCUUCUGGAAGCUGGAGUUGAUCCUGACCAAGUUACCACUGAAUCAAACACUGCCCUCUUCCUAGCUGUUGAAAAUGGGCAUGCAGAUGUUGUGAGGUUUCUGAUCCAACAUGGAGCAAGCGUUGAAGGAUCUCAUUCCUGGUCUGGGUGGAAUUCUUUGCACCAAGCUGCAUUUCAGCAACAUGUUGAGAUAAUGAAAAUACUCCUGGAGAAAAGAGCAAACAUCGAGUGUAAGGAUGACUUUGGAAUUACACCACUGUUUGUUGCUGCUCAGUAUGGAAUGCUGGAGAGCUUAAGAACGCUUAUAAACCAUGGUGCAGAUGUCAACUGCCAGGCCAAAGACAGAGCCACUCCGCUACUGAUCGCUGCACAGGAGGGCCAUGCCAAGUGUGUGGAGCUAUUAUUAUCGAAAGGGGCAGAUCCAAAUCUCUACUGCAAUGAGGAUAACUGGCAGUUGCCUAUUCACGCAGCAGCUGAGAUGGGCCAUAAAAAUAUAUUAAAGUUACUAAUACCAAUUACCAAUCGGAUUUGUGACAAAGAAAAAGGCAAAGUGAGCCCUGUGUAUUCAGCAGUAUACGGUGGAAAUAAAGAAUGUUUGGAAAUGUUACUUAAAGAAGGCUACAGUCCAAAUGCUCAAGAGUGCCCAACCUUCAGCUGCAGAUCACCCAUGUGUAUGGUUUUCCAAAGAAAGUUUUUUAAUUUAAUUGAUAUUCUUCUGAACUACGGGAUUACCCUGCUUGGGAUAAAUUUGGGAUAUUGCCUGUACCAUGAGAAGUUUACUUUGUUUCGACGCUUCUUGAAGAUGGGCUGUCCACUGCCUUCCCACCAGGAGCUACCAGAGUUUCUAAGCUACGCAGUUAAAGCCCUUGAAGGGUACAAGGAAUGGCUGCCUUAUCUGCUCUUGGCUGGCUUUAAUCCAGUGAAUUUACUGUACAGAUUCUGGAUUCACUCUGUGAGUGAGGAUGUCCUUAAUUUCAUUCUGGAGUUUACGAACUGGAAGAGGCUUCCUCCAGCUGUAGAGCAGGACCUUGCAAACUACAAAGAGAAGUUCAGUUGGACUCCCAAGAGCCAUUUUGCCGUCAUUCCUGCCCUGUCUCACCUUUGUCGCCUUGAGAUCCGGUCCAUCUUAGGGAGUGAACGUCUGCGAUCUGACCGGUUUAUCCGGGCUUUGCCCUUGCCAGUCUGCCUGCAGGACGACCUGCUGUACCUACAGCUGCUUCCUGUCAGCGCUGCACCGGGAGCAGAGGAGAACCUGAGGCACAGAGAGGAGGGAGCUCCCUCUGCUGCUGCCUCCAGCUCUGACAAUACGGAGAAGGGGGAUGCCUGUAAUUCCCCUGCUAGGUGAUGGCACUGCCAGCGACUGAACUCGGUGGCUGCGGACAUUGUAAAUGCAAUAAGCAGACAACAGAGAACUGUUGUAAGUAACUUUGUAGUAACAAGUCUUUUCAUGCUAUAGUUUUAUACUUUGUUGGGAAGUUUGUUGGAAGUUCAAGGAUAUGCUCAUCAAAAAGUCUGUUGUAACCUUCUAAGUCUGCAAAUGUUUUCUGAUUUUGAAAGGAAUUUAUAACUCUUACGGAGUAAAAUUACCUUGUUCAAUGAACAGAGGCUGUACAUAGUAACUGAAGUCUAUUUGGUCAGGCACUGUUAAUAGACACUGCAUUCCAAGUAUGGCAUAUACCAAAUGAAAUAUCUGGAAGUCGAGGACCACAAUAUAGUGUUGUUAAGAAUUUCUUUGGUUGAGGAGUGAUCUAAUUAAACCAGAUAGAAAACUAAUGAGAAAGAAAAAUGUUUUUUUCCUUCUGUCUGCAUUCAACACUCAAAGUGCUGUUCUUUAGCCAUCAUUUUCAGUCAUCUUUCAGCACAUCUUCCUAUGCCACUUCCUUUGGAACGGUUCCUGUUUGUGUUACCAAGCUGCUCCUCUUGUCAGUUUUUUUCUAGUAGUGAAAAGCAGAUCACUGCCUAUAACGAUGAACAAGGUUUCCACCUUACUCAGUGACUUAUACACCAGUGUCUUUGAAACUGUUUGUAACUUUGAUUCCAAGUAGUAAUUUCUUAAGAAUGUUCCCCACGCCUCAAACACGUUUACAGUUAGCACUGAACUCUGUGUGAGCUGCAUCCAAGAUCUUGAGAAAGGUUUGGAGCUUUCUGCUCAAAUUUACUGUGCAACAUAGGUCAAAGUUUGUGUUCUUCAGUAACAAAAUUGAUUACGGAAUAAAGGUAACCCUUUUCUCUGAA